CUCUAUUGUUGCUAGUACUGUACUGCUAAUAUCUAGCUCAACUAUAAAUACCUGUCUUGAUCAUUCCUGUCUUAAAACUGCUACUUGCCCCGAGCCGGAGCAUUCGCCGGCGAUCUGUGAGCUCUCUCCGGUGACAGAUCAUUAUACAUUCUGUAAGACAAGAAUUAAGAGAUGGAGAAGGAACAAGAAUUGGUGUGGGUUGAAGCACAAAAGAUUGGAAUAAGUAUUGACCUUUUGGCAGCAGCAAAACAGCAGCUUCUGUUCCUCGCUGCUGUUGAUAAGAAUCGCUGGCUCUAUGAUGGUCCAACUCUUGACCAUGCCAUCUAUAGGUAUAAUGUUUGUUGGCUUCCCUUGCUUGCCAAACACUCUGAGUCACCAGUUUUUGAAGGACCGCUCGUUAUUCCUCUUGAUUGUGAAUGGGUUUGGCAUUGCCACAGGCUCAAUCCUGUAAGGUAUAAAAAUGAUUGUGAGGAAUUCUAUGGACGAAUACUGGACUACUCUAACGUUGUAUCUUCCCUUAAAGGAAUCUGCAGAAAGCAUACAGAAGAAAUUUGGAGUAGAAUGUAUCCAGAUGAGCCUUAUGACUUUGACUUGAGAAAAGUUUAUUGUGCAACUAAUGAGAAAACUUUGGGAGUUGAAAAAUGCACCACAUAUGAUUUAGUUUCAGCAGUUAAAAGGCAGAGUCCUUUCUAUUAUCAGGUAUCCAGACCCCAUGUGAGUAAUGAUAUUUUCCUUGAAGAAGCUGUGAACAGAUAUAAGGGAUUUCUGUAUCUAAUUAAGAGAAACAUAGAACAGUCCGUAAGACGCUUUUGUGUUCCUACUUAUGACAUUGAUCUUAUCUGGCACACACACCAGUUGCAUCCUAUCUCUUACUGUAAAGAUUUAAGUGAAGCACUUGGCAAGAUAUUAGAGCAUGAUGACAUGGAUUCAGACAGGACUAAAGGAAAGAAGUUGGAUGUUGGAUUUUCUGGAACUACCAAGCAGUGGGAAGAGACAUUUGGCACAAGGUACUGGAAGGCAGGUGCAAUGUACAGAGGCAGUGGGCCAUCUCCUCUCACAAUCACUUCAUUGUUGCCAAAUAUCUUGAGAAAAGAUGUAUUAGCACCGAAUGAAAUCCAGAAGAUUAUUCAACUUCCGGAGGUGAAAAUUGUGGAGGUCCUUUUGGAGAUUGUUGGAAUUAAAAACUUGCCAGAGGGGCUCAAGGGAAGCCUCUUUGUCACAUUUAGUAAAAAGCAGCCAGAUGUGUUCUUUAAUGUUAAGCGCAAGUUAACUAUUCUGUCUGAAUCUGGAGAGAAACAAGUUGCCUCUUUCCAGUGUGAACCCAAGGGAGAGCUGCUUUUUGAACUUGUUACUUGUUCGCCUUCUAACUUACUACUGACCAAGGCAUUUAAAACAAUGGGUACUUCUUCAUUAUCUCUGCAUGAUUUCCUGAAUCCUGUAUCUAAACUUUCUGUUGAAAAAUGGGUGGAAUUGCUGCCAAGUUCUGGCAAUCUGAGCUCAAAGCCAAUCCGCCUACGAAUUGCUGUCUCAUCUACUGCUCCUGUACAAGCACCACAUGUCCUCCACAUGGUUCAUUCCCGAUCACUGUUAAAAAAUUCUUGUUUAUUCCCUAUUCCUGGGAGAGUUCAAUAUGCUAAGAGCUGGACACACAUUGUUGAUGAAAAUGGUACUGAGAUCAUCAGCCUGAAUAUGAGGGACUCAACAAAAGAAAAGGCGAAAGACAAGAGCAUUCAGAAGAAGCAAGUAAUUGGUGCAAUGACGUCUGGUGAGACACUUGCACUCGCAGAGUAUGUUGGGACUUGGUGGUCUUUGCUGGAUUCUCAGUGGUGCCUUCAGCUUAUCGCAAAAUCCAGCGAAGAUGGUCAUGUCCUUGAGCUCAUGGGCAGUAGGAUGAUAAGAUUGUUCCAGGGCAGAAAGCUGGAUUUUGAGCCCAAACAAUUAGAGAAGCAGAGAAAUGAACAAGAUUUUAUGACUGCAGUUGAGUUUUCCACAGAGGAUCCAUAUGGCAAAGCAAUGGCAUUGCUCAACUUAAAGUCUGGAACUGUCAAGGUAAAAGAAGAAUGGUUGGUGUUGCCCAUGAUCAUUUCAGCCUUUAUACUUGCUAAUAUUCUGAAGAAUGAAGGAUAUGGAGGCUUCAUAUUAAGAGGAGGAAGUUUGAAGGAGUUGGAUGGUGAUGUGGAAAAGGUCAGCGGUCUCCAUGAGGAGGCCGAACAAAUCAACCAGUCUAACUCGACUGAAGUUAUUGCAAGGUUGAAUGUGGAUGCAGUAAAAAGUGGAGGAUGUGGUGGCGGCUGUGGCAGUGGAUGUCGCCACAUGGUAAAAAGUGGAGGCUGCGGUAGUGGUUGCGGUGGCGGUUGUGGCGGAUGUGGAAGCAUGGUGAAUAGUGGAGGCUGUGGUAGUGGUUGCGGUGGCGGUUGUGGCGGAUGUGGAAGCAUGGUGAAUAGUGGAGGCUGUGGUAGUGGUUGCGGUGGCGGUUGUGGCGGAUGUGGAAGCAUGGUGAAUAGUGGAGGCUGUGGUAGUGGUUGCGGUGGCGGUUGUGGUGGAUGUGGAAGCAUGGUGAAUAGUGGUGGCUGUGGUAGUGGUUGCGGUGGCGGUUGUGGUGGAUGUGGAAGCAUGGUGAAUAGCGGUGGCGGUGGCAGCUUUGCGCUUGGAAAUAUGGUGGAGAGUGGUGGUUGUGGUGGCUGUGGGGGCAGCUCUAGCAAUAACAACCCAACAUUUGAAAGCACUGUCGGUAACUCCCCCAUUGAAGCUUGCCCAAAAGAUUCAUCCAUCCAUGUGACAGAAGCAGUGGUUGUUGCUUGACCCGUAGGGAACUUAAAAAUGCAUACAACUUGUAGAAUACAAGGAAUAAAGCAUCAGUAUUGAACUUAUAAAUGCCUACAGCAUGUAGGGCUACAAGGAAUAAAGGAGUUCUAAGAAGGUUUGCUAAGAAAUGGAAAAGCUGUAUAUUGAAAAGAAGAAUCCAAAUAAGGUUUUCAUAAUCAUGAAUGUCAUGGAGGAAUAAGGAUCUUACAGUUAUGGACGAGUUAAGGUGUCUGCACAUAUGGUGUCUCUAUUACUCAAAAGUUCUUUCGUUUACCAAAGUCAGUGUAUCCUACUGUAUACCGGGUGUGGUGAUUAUUUUAGUUUGUUGUAUCUUGUAUGUUAUGCCUGGAUGCUCCUGAAAAUUGGCAGUAGAAUAUGCAUAUAUCUAAUUCCUGUACUCAGUGACAAGAUCAGUCUGCCUUGGUUUGUAAUACAUGAAAUUCCAAGUAUGUUCGAGUGGUUGAGUUUAUGUAUAUUCUACCAAGAUUUUUAGCUUUUCA